AUGGGGAAUGUCUGUGGAUGUGUCAGAGCCGAGAAAGAAGAACAGUACUUAGAUCCUGCCAAAACUCCUUUGAGCCCUGAAAAAUACUCUCCCAGAAGAAAAUAUUUCAGGAGAAAGCUGAUCAAGACAGAGUCAGUAGAGCCAAACAAGCAAAAUGAAGGCAAGAAGAGUGGCAUUCAGCUCUCAGAAGAACAGCGAGCUCUUUUACCCAGGAGACUGGUACGGGAGGACUCCGCUGCCCCAGACCCCACACUGGAAGAUGGGAUUCCGCAAGAGAAGACACAAGUUUUAGUUGAUGGUGUGAAACAGAAACUGGUGCCGAGUGCUGCAAGAGGUCUGUCUUACCAUGGGGACACUUCUCCUGCUAAUGACAGGGACACAGAAGCAAAAGUUAGUGACCUGGAGGAAAGGAUUCCAGAAAAGGACAGCACUCCAUAUUGUGCAAAGAGGAAGGAACAUUUAGAUGAUGCCAACAGGAGAGAAAUAACAUUCCAAAGGAAAACUGAUGUUUUAAUGUUACGAAAGGCAGCCAGCUUAAGUUCCAUUCACUAUGGUACAGAGAGAUUUGAAAAAAGUGGGUUUUCUGAAGACCCAUCAAAAAAUUAUAGCAGUGUUCAAGGAAAGCAAAGCACUGAGAGAUUUUGCCCUCAUGACAUGUACCAUUUUUGGUUUGAAAAAAAGAGAUGUCAUUCCCUCUGUACCAAUGUGUCCUCUGUUUCCAAGGACACAGAUGGAAAUGAGAUAUCUGAUAUCCAUGUUACUGGAGAGUCAGAGGAUAUGUCUGCUAAGGAGAGAUUGCUACUAUGGACACAGCAGGCAACAGAGGGUUAUGCUGGAAUACGAUGUGAAAAUUUCACUACCUGCUGGAGAGAUGGAAAACUAUUUAAUGCCAUCAUUCAUAAAUACAGGCCGGACCUGAUAGACAUGAAUACUGUUGCUGUUCAAAGCAACCUUGCAAAUUUAGAGCACGCUUUUUAUGUAGCAGAAAAAAUUGGUGUUAUAAGACUUCUGGAUCCUGAAGAUGUUGAUGUCUCCUCACCUGAUGAAAAAUCAGUAAUAACUUACGUGUCAUCUCUCUAUGAUGCAUUUCCCAAAGUCCCUGAAGGUGGUGAAGGUAUUGGUGCAAAUGAUGUUGAAGUCAAAUGGAUUGAAUACCAGAAUAUGGUGAACUACCUCAUUCAGUGGAUUAGACACCAUGUGACCACAAUGUCUGAGAGAACAUUUCCUAAUAAUCCUGUGGAACUAAAGGCACUUUAUAAUCAGUAUUUACAGUUUAAAGAAACAGAAAUUCCACCAAAGGAGACAGAAAAAUCAAAAAUUAAACGCCUAUAUAAGUUACUAGAGAUUUGGAUAGAAUUUGGACGUAUCAAACUACUUCAAGGUUAUCAUCCAAAUGACAUAGAGAAAGAGUGGGGAAAACUUAUUAUUGCCAUGCUUGAGAGGGAGAAGGCACUUCGCCCAGAAGUAGAAAGUUACGAGCUCCAAGAACAUGGAGACAGACUUGUUUUUGCUGUCUUUCGUGUUGCCAGUGCUCAGUGCAGUGCCUGGGACACAUAG